AUGUGGAGAAGAGCGGAGCAUUUGCAGAAUGUGGUUACCACGCUACAGAUCCUUACUUCCCGACUAUCUGACACUAAUGCCCGUAUGCGCUCAUAUUACGAGGCCCAUCUACCUGAUAUCGUCGAAUUGGAAACACAUACCAAGGCUAUCGCUGAAGUCGAUCUGGAAAAUGCAAACGUUAUGAAAAUCAGCCAGGCCACAAAAACACUCUGGUAUGAAGCCGAACAGUUCCGUGUUCCAGACCUGUGGCACAUUGCUAGCCCUCCGCGCCAGAAGGUUCUGGCUAUGCGGCAAAAGCUAUUCGGAACAGGUGGUCGACGGUUUCCUCAAGGUGUCCAUGGUGCACAUGGUCGUUUCAACCGAGUGCAAAAGACUCUGGAUGGUCGAGAAAGGCUGGUAGACUCGGAAGGAAAGACGGAAAGCGAAGUAGAAGAGGAGAGGAAAAUCGACGAGGAUGGCGUUUUCAUUAGUCCGCCGAAGGAAGACGUGGAGGAUGUCGUAGAACAUCCGAGCAUUAAGCCGAUGUGGCUCCUCAGAUUCUUCACAAGCUGGGUUAAUUGGCGGCCUUCAGCGUCCGUGGCUACUCAACGGAUUGAAAACCCUUCGUCUCCCGCAUCCCCGACAGUGACUCAGGAGAUGACGGGGGAGGUUAGUACCCCUUCUCAGCCAAUCCGACUAGAAAAAGCUGUCUCAUUGUAA